AUGGCUAGUCUGACUUACGCUCAGGCCGCUCUCAAAGCGGCACAGGACGCCUACACUAAGCAGAAUCCGUUGUCAUUACAAGCCCAUCAGGCUGCACAUAACAGCCUCCCCGGCGGCAAUACCAGAACUGUGCUGCAUGCGGAUCCUUUCCCCAUCACCUGGGACUCUGGCAAGGAUGCCACUCUGACCUCGAUCGACGGCCAUACCUAUGCCGACCUCCUGGGUGAAUUUAGCGCAGGAAUUUUUGGUCACUCAGACCAGCGCAUCGCACAGGCCGUACAAGACGCGAUGAAGAGUGGUUGGAACUUUGGAGGCAAUUCCCGUCUGGAGAAGGCAUUGGCACAUAAGGUUGUCGACCGCUUCAGGCCAUCUGGAAUCGAACUCGUACGAUUCACAAAUUCGGGGACGGAGGCUAACACAACCUGCUUGGGAGCAGCUGUAGCCAUCACACAACGGCGAAAGAUUCUGGUCUUCAGCGGAGGUUAUCAUGGAAGCACGCUCGUGUUCCCUAUGGCCUUAAUGCAGGGCUUAUUAAAGACACCCAGCAUGAACCUCCCUCACGAAUUUGUGUUCGGAGCUUACAAUAACAUCCCGGAAACCAAGGCCGUCAUCGCUGCACUUCCCCAAGACAGCCUUGCUGCCAUCCUAAUUGAGCCAAUUCAAGGCUCAGGAGGCUGUCGACCAGCUACCCAAGAAUUUAUGCAAUACCUCCGCCAAGUCACUGACGAGACCGGCGCGCUAUUAGUAAUUGACGAGGUCAUGGCAUCGAGACUUUGCUUCUCCGGUUAUAGUGCGGCGAUAGGCAUCCGUGGGGACUUUGUGACGCUUGGCAAGUAUAUUGCUGGUGGUAUGACAUCUGGUGCAUUUGGGGGCCGCAAAGAUCUUAUGGAGCUCUUCGACCCUACUAAGAACCAGCUGUUUCACCCCGGAACUUACAAUAACAACGUACUUAGUAUGAAUGCUGGCUUAAUCGGACUGGAUAUUUAUAAUGCAGAGGAGGUUGAUCGCUUGAACAGAUUAGGAGAGGACGUCAAGGCCAAGAUUCAACAGGUUCUGAUCGAUGAGAAGAUCUAUCCAGAGCAGCUUCCCUCGGCCUCGACCAACCUGAUCGAGAUUGACAGCUUUAAAGACAAGGCUGAGGUUAUUGACAUCAGCACCGGACAGUCCUUGCGCAAGUUGCCUCCAAUGUUUAUCACAGGAAAAGGGAGCAUGCUCAACAUCCGUUUUUCCGGACCAGAGGCUGCCACAUGGCAAGCCCUCUUCUGGCAUCACUUGCUCACUCGUGACAUCUUCAUUGCGGUUCGAGGUUAUACACCACUGAAUCUGAAGGUCACCGCUACUGACGCCGAAAACUAUGUCUCUGCGAUCCGGGAAUUUGUUCAACAGCACAAAGCUCAACUCUUGGCUCAGGAGCCAGUGGCUUUACAGGAUAUAGCAUCAGUUUUGCAACCAAAGCCUGCGGUGGCUAUCUCGAUGCAAGUUGCUGCGACCGCAUAA